AUGAUGUUGUUAGCUUCGCGUUAUGCCAAAGGAAUCACUAAUCGAUUUCUCAGAAAUCCCAGAUGGUCUCUUCAGCUUCAGGUCCCUAAUUACUCCGUUUAUGCAAAGCAGAGACCUUUUGUACAAGUUCCAAACGAAUCAGCUUCUUUUGAUCUUUUCCAAGCGUCAAGGCAGAAUGUAUUCGACUAUACGAGACGCCACAUGAGUAAUUCCACUGUAGAGCUAAGAACAUGUGAAAAUGUGGUGAGGUUUGCUUUCAACAACGUCACUGAGAAUAGAAGUGUGCCUAUGAGAACAGAGAAGAAAUGGAAACGGGCAAAAUCGUCCAGAAAGGCUAAAGUGAAUGAGUUGAGAUUCUACCGUCUUAAGGCCAAGAAGAAGAUGAAUUCUCCAAACCCUGAAGUUCGCAUUCGAUACAAGCUUGAAAAGGCCAAGAGGAAAGAAGAGUGGUUGAUUGAGAAACUGAGGAAAUACGAUGUGCCAAAAUCACCAGCGGAGCCUUAUGAUCCAGAAACUCUGACAGAGGAAGAGCAGCAUUACCUUAAACGCACAGGAGAAAAGAGAAAGAACUUUGUCCUUGUGGGAAGACGAGGAGUGUUUGGAGGCGUGGUUCUGAAUAUGCACCUCCACUGGAAGAAUCACGAGACUGUUAAAGUUAUCUGCAAGCCCUGCAACAAACCAGGGCAGAUUCAUGAGUAUGCAGAAGAGCUUGCUAGACUAAGCAAAGGGAUUGUGAUCGAUGUGAAACCUCACAACACCAUUGUAUUGUACCGUGGGAAAAACUAUGUGAGGCCGGAAGUGAUGUCUCCUGUUGAUACACUCUCUAAAGAUAAGGCUUUGGAGAAAUAUAGGUAUGAGCAGUCGCUUGAACAUACGAGUGAGUUCAUAGAGAAGUUGGAGAAGGAGCUUGAGGAGUACCAGAAGUAUGUUGCUCGAUUUGAAUUCUUGCUACUUCUUUCCCAGCUUCCACGUAUUGUGCCCAUGGCAAGCUCAAAUAAUGUUCCCAAAUUCGGAAACUGGGAGAAUGAGGAGGAUGUUCCUUACACAGCUUACUUUGAGAAAGCUCGAAAGGUCCGAACAUCUGGUGGCAAGAUGACAAAUCCUAACGAACCUGAAGAAGAAGAACCCUCUGAUUUGUACUCUAAACCAGAUCAAGAAGAACCGGUUAAGACCAGCGAGAGUAAAAGACAAGGCAAGACUGUUUCUCAGAACAACAGUUAUGAAAAGUCUCCAUUGCAUAGUCAUGCUAAGGCCUCACCUCUCUCGGAUGGUAACAAGAAUUCUUCUGAUGGCACUGGAAGAUCCAAGCCUAGAUCCAAUCACAAAGGCGAUGAAAGUCCAGAGAAAGGAGCGGUUCUACCAAAAUUUGGUGAUUGGGAUGAAAGUAAUUCUUCAUCGGCUGAUGGAUACACAAACAUCUUCAAUCAAGUGAGACAAGAGAGGACAUCUUCCUCUAAUGUGAUUGGCUCUUCAAGAACUCCAACUCACUCUACUGACCGAAACCCUUCAGACCAAACUAAGUUUUGCUGCUUCUCAUGGGGAAGAAAAUGA